AUGUCCAACAGACUUUUGAUUUUUCUGCUCAUUGCGUUGAUUCAGGGUGCUUGGAUGCUUACUGAUGAGUUACCCGUGCUAUCUGUGGAAAGUAGCAAUCCUGAUUUGGGUCUGAUCUCCGUUUCCCCUUCUCCUUUAUCUCCAGAUGUGGGCACUUUUUCAAAGGAUCAACUGGCAGAUAACGGUCUCCCCUCACCUAGAGACUCCACCAGCUCCAUUUCAUUUGUCACAGCGACUAUCUGGUUCAUUUCAUGGUGUUUUUUCAAGGUAAUACGGUCUGUUCUGGUGGUAUUGCCCUCGUUUAUUGUCCGCAUCCUUGGGUUUAAUUACAGUGUAACUUUGAAUUUUUCGUCUUUAUUGAUGAUUGUUUCAUCCACCGUUGUUAUAGUGUAUGCAUUCAUCAGGUACAGAUACCUUAAUUUGUACUCCCGACUUCCUCAAGAACCAAAACGUCAGGACCCUCCUAUGGAUGUAUUUAUCGAAUCUACUGAUGACAAUUCUGAAGUGAGAUUUCCCAGCUACUUAGAUCAGUUUUUGUCCGCUAUCAAGGUGUUUGGUUAUUUAGAGAAAACCGUUUUUCAUGAACUGACAAAGAGUAUGACAACCCAAAAAUUGGAGCUCAAUGAGUCGUUGGUAAUUGAUGCGUCUAAAGGGUUCUCUAUUGUUGUAGAGGGCAGGAUGUCAGUGUACGCAAGGGUUGGUAGGAAAAUGGUGUCCGAUGAUACACUGGCUGCCGAAUAUGAAUCUGCAAAUUCCGAUGAGAAGUCGUUCAUCUUCAAUGGCUAUAAGUAUCAACUGUUGACCGAUGCUAAAAGUGGUAGUCCACUUUCAUCUUUGAUUAGUAUACUAAAACUUUUCACAGAGAACGAGGAGAAACUUUUACAGGACAACAGAACCUCUUCGGCUUUAAACUUGAAUGCUGUUUAUGAAGCGAACUCCCCGUUCAGGGAGGAGCCAACAUCCAGCUCGCCGGAAGAGCAGGCAGACCCCGACGAGUUUGCACCAGAACUAAUUGCCAAGGCCCAAGGGCAUGCUUCUAUUUCUACUAUUCCACCUGAAUCAUUUCGAAGAUUGGUUGUGAAGUAUCCUCAGUCGGCAUCGCAUAUUGUCCAAAUGGUUCUUACCCGCUUGUACAGAGUAACGCUUCAAACUGCACAUUCGUACCUGGGAUUGACUCACAAAAUUAUGAAAGCUGAGCUAGAACUGAACAUGUUAGCUCAAUACGAUAUCCCCGUCUAUCUUCACGAUGGGAUUAUUGACAGACUAGAUGAGCAGUUUAAGGCUGCGGAAGAAGAAGAUAAUAUCGAAACCAUUAGUGUUAGCAAGAGCACCUCCAAUUUCAAGAAAAACAACGGUCUACUGCAGCAUCAUCCUGAACGGACAAGUCAUGAUAAAAGAUUCUUCUACUAUAAUCCCGCUGGAAGAAUCUCCAAAUCCGUCUCUUCAAAACCAUCAAAGAGACCCGUUUUAUCUAAGAGAAACAGCUCUCACCAUGUUGUUCUCGAUACCCGAAUCACCAAUACUAAUCCCGGUGAUUUGCUUUCAAAUGUGCCUUUAUCCAGAAAGAACUCAUCCUACAAUUCUCUUCGAAAUAGUGACCAAUCCAAGGACGAACAAGAGAUCCGAGCAAGAACUUUUUCGGCUGAAGAAGAAACUGCAGAUACGGCACUAAGAACAGCAUUGGUUGAAAGCAUAUUCAAGUUGAUUGGUAUUGACAACUCCAUCGUUCAUAAUAGCGCCAAUCUGUUCGCUUCAUAUCUUUCACUUAACGAUCCGCUAAACAGCCCUAAUUUUGGGCUUCAGAAAAGUUACCCAUCGUCACAGAAUUUGAAAUGGUUCAGCUUGGAUGUUGGAGAUGAUGAUGAUUCUAGCUGCAGUAGUAAAAGUGAAACUCCUGGAGCAGGUUCACACAAGUCAAGUGAACCUGUCCUUGAUCUGGUUUCGAUUCGAAAAUCGGCCAGCGAACAAAUUCAGUUUAUGUUCAUCAAAGCUGGCCAUGUUAUAAUUGAAGAAAAUCAGCCAACUCCUGGUAUCUACUACCUUGUUAGUGGACUCUUAGAGUCAGUUUUCACGGCAGAGAAUGGAGAAGAAAAAAUGCUUAACCAUAUAAAACCAGGUGGAAUUGCUGGUUACCUGGGCGUUGUAGCUAGCUUCAAAUCAUUUAUUACGGUAAGGGCUAAAUCGAAUUGCUAUGUUGGAUUUCUUCCAAAGAAAGUGAUUGAUUCCUUAUGUGAUAAGUAUUCUGUCAUUCAAUUGGCGCUAGCCAAGACCUUGAUCAGAGUUUUGGACGAUAAUAUCCUUUUGAUGGAUUUUGCUAUGGACUGGGUACAAACAUCUGCAGGACAGAGACUGUACAAUCAGGGAGACCCUGCAAAUGGUAUUUAUAUCGUUCUGAAUGGUAGAUUUCGGUCCAUUGUCGAGAAUCCCAAAGGUGCGGUCAAUGACAAACAAUCUUCGCCAGUGAUUCACCGGAAGGAUGCUUAUAGUGGUGAAAAUGACAGCAUAUCUGUUAUAUCAGAGCAUGGAAGAGGUGAAUCUUUGGGAGAAAUAGAAGUACUUACUGCUUCAAAGAGACCCACAACUUUGGUAGCUGUGCGAGACUCUGAGACAGCUAGAAUUCCUAGAAGUCUGUUUGAGAUGCUAUGUCUUACAAAUCCAUCUAUCAUGAUUAAGGUUUCUAGAUUAGUUGCAGAACGAUCUCAAUCAACAGAAGCAAACUUAGUGAUAGGUGCCAACAGCUUCAAAAAUCCAGUCAUUAAGCCAAAAAAUUCCAGUUUCUGUAACUACAGUUACCGGACUAUUACCAUCUUGCCAAUUACCAAGGGUCUUCCGGUGGAAGAGUUUGCUCAGAAAUUAGUUUCUUCGUUUGAACAGCUAGAUAGAUCUGUUAUUUCUUUGAAUCAGGCAAGCAUUUUGACUCACCUAGGAAAACAUGCUUUUGAUAAACUAGCCAAGAUGAAACAAUCGGGCUACUUUGCCGAUUUGGAGGAACAAUACCAGAAUGUUAUAUAUGUCACAGACACUCCGGUAAACUCAACUUGGACAAGUACUUGCAUUUCUCAAGGUGACAUUAUUCUUUUGCUAGCAGAUGCUCAGUCUUCGACGGAUAUUGGAGAGUAUGAGAGACUUCUGGUGAGAAAAAAGACCACUGCGAGAACAGAACUUAUUUUGUUGCACCCAGAACGAUAUGUCGAAGCUGGAUCAACAAGCAAAUUCCUGAAGAAUAGAAUUUGGGUUCAUUCACAUCACCAUGUACAAAUGAACGUGAAUAGAGGCCAUUUUGUUGCCAAAGCAACCGAACUAUCAUCGAUUGCUCAACUGGUCAAAGAAAGUUAUUCCCAGCUGAAAAAUAAGGCCCACUUAGACAAGAUGAGACACCGUUUGGAGACUUUACUGGUCAGCUACGAUGUCUUCAAGAAGGUACCCAAUAUCGGACGCACUGGAUACUAUCAACCUACUCAAGAACAUAAAAAUGAUUUCAUGCGACUUGCAAGAAUUUUGUCAGGACAGGCCAUUGGAUUAGUUUUUGGUGGAGGUGGAGCUCGUGGAUGCGCCCAUAUUGGUGUUCUUAAGGCCCUUGAAGAGUAUGGGAUUCCUGUUGAUCUGGUAGGAGGAACUUCGAUCGGUGCUUUUGUCGGAGGACUUUAUGCAAAGGAUUAUAACUUAGUCUCAACUUAUGGUAGGACCAAAAGCUUUGCUGGACGAAUGUCCAGUCUUUGGAGAAUUAUUACCGAUUUGACGUAUCCUGUAACGUCCUAUAUGACAGGACACGAGUUCAAUCGUGGAAUCUGGAAGGCAUUUGGAGACUAUCGAAUAGAAGACUUUUGGGUCAAGUACUACUGUAAUUCUACGAACAUCACUAACAGUGUGCAAGAGAUCCAUUCGUCAGGUUAUGCUUGGAGGUACAUCCGAGCUUCCAUGACCCUUGCUGGUCUGCUGCCUCCUAUCACCGAUAAUGGCUCAAUGUUGCUAGACGGAGGCUAUGUUGAUAAUUUGCCAGUGGAAGAAAUGAAAAACCAAGGUGCUAGUGUGAUAUUUGCUAUUGACGUUGGUUCGGUGGAUGAUCGAAGUCCCAUGGACUACGGAGAUUCUUUAUCGGGAUUUUGGGUUGUCCUCAACCGUUGGAAUCCGUUUUCAAAACAUCCGAACGUUCCAAGUAUUGCAGAAAUUCAGCUGAGACUUGCAUAUGUGGCUUCUGUUAAUGCUUUAGAACAGGCAAAGUCUCAAGAUGCAGUUGUAUACUUACGACCACCAAUCGAAAUGUAUGGAACUUUAGAUUUUGGAAAGUUUGAAGAGAUUUCUAAUGUUGGUAAUGCUUAUGGUUCUUCCCAACUGAAAGAGUUAGAAGAGGAUAACGAGCUACCAGAGGUUUUGAAGUCAAGAAAAAAACAAACACAUAAGAUCAACAUUGAUCGAAGAAACUCAAUUUAG